GCGUUCGAGAAGAACCGUCGCCAUUUUGAGUGACUGAGUUUCAUUUCACCUCGCAACUGUAAGGACGGAGAGAGACCUUCAGGAACGUUUCAGCAUGUUUCUCUUUGAAACUGUUAAUGGGAAUUUAACUGCUAUGAACUGAAACUCUUCCUAAAAACCAAUCAACAAGUAGAUCCAAGUCAAGUAACGCAUAAGCCAGUUGAAUCCUGAGUCGAUUUUUUUGCACUGAACUCUAGUCCGUUAGAGGAAAUGGCUGUGGAAAGCAUGACUGUCCAUCCAAACUCCCCAACAGCCAACCACGAACACAACAGCCUUCUCACUGACGAAAGACAAGAGGAUGAAGAGCUGGAAGAGGGGGAGCUCGAGGAUGAUGGAGGUGAUGUGGAAAUGCCCCCCAGCACUGAGGGACAAGAGCCAGAGGAGAAGCCCGGACGUGUAAAGGAGCGGCACGGCAGUGAGUCGGAUGAAGAGAAGGCCCACCGUCGCAAGAAAAAAAGGAAGAAAGAGAGAGAGAGAGACAGAGAGAGGGAGAAGGAAAAGCGGAGAGCCAGAAAGAGACGCAGAUCAAAACACAAGCGCCAUGCCUCAUCUAGCGAUGACCACUCGGACUACAGUGAGGAAUCUGACUACAGUCCUAGUGGGAAAAGGAAGUAUCGGGAAUACAGCCCUCAGUACCCACCCCCACCUCAUGGAGGCUACGGUCCUGCACCUCCCUCUGGACAUGGAGGACCCAUGUCAAAGAAAGGGAGUUACAUGAAAAUGGACAAACAGGGAUACGGUGGCUAUGAUGAGUAUGAUGAUGAUAACUAUGAGGGUGAGGAAGAUGAGGACAUGGGUGAUGAUGACUUUGAUGAUUUCAACAAGGAGCUUACCAAGUACUGCAAGGCCAAAGAAGGUGGUGGAGUUGGUCCGGGCAGCCAGCGUGGUAGAGGUCUUAAAGGCAGAAUGAAAAACCAGAGAGGCCGAGGCAGAGGAGGAAUGAGGGGCCGUGUGGGUAGAGGUGGAAUGCGAGGUAGAGGACGAGGCAAAAUGGGAGGCGAGACUGAUGAGGGGGAUGGCAUGUAUGGAGAUGAGAUGGAGUAUGGUGAUGAUGACUAUGACAUGGGCGAUGAUUAUGAUGAUGAUUUCACAAAAGAAUUGAUCCAGUACAGAAAAUGCAAAGACAGGGGGCGUGGUGGCAAAGGUGGCCGAGGUCGAGGACGAGGGAAGGGGGCCAGAGGCAUGAACCGUGGCAGGGGAAGAAAUCGUGGGAGGGGGCGUGGAGGAGAUCCGUGCCAUGAUGAUGACAACAGUGGAGAAAUGGACAUGGGGGAUGGAUCCGGUGUCCAAAGGAAGCAUGAGCAGGAGAAGCAUGGGCAGGAUAAGAAGGGCAAGGCUAUUUGCAAGUACUACAUUGAAGGUCGCUGUACUUGGGGGGACCACUGCAACUUCAGUCAUGACAUUGAGUUGCCAAAGAAGAAAGAACUCUGCAAGUUCUAUAUCACUGGCUUCUGUGCACGGGCUGAAAAUUGUCCUUACAUGCAUGGAGACUUCCCCUGCAAGCUGUUCCAUACCACAGGCAACUGUGUAAAUGGAGAUAACUGUAUGUUCUCUCAUGAGCCUCUAUCAGAAGAUACAAAGGAACUGCUAGAUAAGAUGUUGGCUGAGGAUGCUGAAGCCGGUGCUGAGGAUGAAAAGGAAGUGGAGGAGCUGAAGAAACAAGGUAUCAAUCCCCUCCCCAAACCCCCGCCUGGUGUGGGACUUCUACCCACACCCCCAAGGCCUGGUCCAACAGAUUCCACAGCUCCUGUAAACUUUGGGGCAGCAGGGCCACAGCAGGGCAGUAUACCUACUAAUGGUACCUCAUGCCCAGGCACUGCACCAGUACCAGGCCAUGAAGGACCUCCUCCCCCUUGCCCCGAAGGAGGAUCUUUCCAGGGAUCACCAAGCCAUGGUCCGUCUCCACCAGCCAUUGGUCCACCACCUCCUUGUGGGGGUAACUCCGGAAAGAAGAUCCCCUCCUUGUUUGAGAUUGUUGUGAAACCCACUGGACAACUAGCGCAAAAACUAGGCGUCAGAGGUCCAGCACCUGGCAAUGCUGUUACAGGUGCUGCAGGAGCUCAAGGCCCACCUCCAUGUCCUCCAGUUGGGCCUCCACCUCGUUUCCCUGGUGGACCACCGCCUGGUCACAUGGCACCAAAUGGGCCUCAUGACCUGCCACGCAUGGGCCCACCAAACAUGAACCAACCCCCCCCAGGAAUGAUGCAAAACUUUGGUCCUGGAGAAGGACCUCCAAACCAGGCCAUGAUGCCACCUGGAGGUGGUUCUGCUCGCAAUUUUUAUGACAAUUUCUACCAGCAGCAGCAAGGCAUAGGACAAGAAGGAGGAGGUGGAGAGGAUGAUGGCUACAUGGCUGGUGGAAACUUUGAGCAGUCCUUUGAGCAGUCCUCUGGAAAUCAGAAUUCUGGUAAUAUGGAGGGCUCAUCCAACGGAGGCCCAACUAAUCAGUCUGGAAUAACAGUGCCAGACUUUUUGCCUCCAGCACAGCGUGUGCUGUUUAUGAGGAUCCAACAGAAGCAGCAGGAAGAAGAGGAGAGGGCCAGGAGGCUAGCUGAGGGAGCACCUGAGCGGGACAAUGAAGGAGAUUCAGCAAAUUGGUAUUCUAGUGAAGAUGAAGACGGCGGUGGGAGUGUCACAUCAAUCCUGAAAACCUUACGGCAGCAAAGCCAAGCCCAAGGGCCCUCGAAACCGGAAAGUGCUCCCAGCGACCCCCGACUACAGAAGGCUCAGCCUGGCCCAGUGACCAGUAGACCAGCUGACCCCAGGCUGGCCCGAGACCCUCGCUUAUCACGUAAUGCAGAUUCCUCCCAGGUUUCAGAGACUAACCUCUCCUCUCCGCCAUCAUCCUCUGCUCCAACAGACCCACGACUUGCACGUCAGGCUGCUACAUCCAAACCAGAGCCCCCACUAGUGUAUAAACCACCACCCCUUGCACCUGCUUCUACUGAGGAAGAGGAGGGAGAGAGAAUGCUGAGGGACAAGCCUGUCCCAAUACCAUUAGAUCCCUUAAUGGGCAUGGCUUUACGUGACCCCCGCUUACAGCUCCAGCAGUUUAGCCAUAUCAAGAAAGACUUGGUGCUGAUCAAGCCUUCUUUUUCAAAGACUGUGCUUUGGAGUCCUGAAGACCUAAUUCCUAUUCCCAUUCCCAAACAAGACUUUCUCCCACUGCCCCCAGGUAUCCCACCUGUAGCAACUAUAGAUCCACGAGUCUCUCGUGCCCAGCAGCAGCUCCAUACAUCUAUUUCAACGCCUUUGCCGUCCUCAGCACCCCCUGCUGAGCCGCCCAGCCAAUCCUCUUCCUCCCUACCAGACUUUGAGCUGCUCUCUCGUAUACUUAAGACUGUUAAUGCCUCUUCUUCCAGUCCUUCACAAACUUCCUCAUCUUCGGUUCCUCCUGCACCCGUCCCAGCUGAAAAGCCAAUUGACCCUCGCAUGGUCCGCAAGGUCGCAGAUCCUCGGCUUCAACUGCAGAAAACUGCUCUUAAGCAGCCCACGGAACCUACAGCCUCACAAACCUCUGCAUCUUCUGGAUCUCCUGCUUCAGCCUCGCCCACACACACUAUUGCGCCCUAUGACCCACGUCUAUUCUCAGUGGGUGGAACAGGGCGAGGGGGUUCAGGGGGUACUGCAGGGUCUGGCAGCAGUGUUCUCAGUAGCAUUAGUCUGUAUGACCCACGCACACAGAGUUCAGAUAAACCAGAAAAUACAGAGGUCACCACCACAACAACUGAGACAAAGGCUACGGACAGCAUGGCCUCUACCACAAAGCCAAAGUCUAAGGAGCCGCUGUUUGUCCGAAAAUCAGCCCUGGACCAGCCAGAACCAGAGAAAAACAGCAGUGAGCAAACCACUGACCGUUACAACAGCUAUAAUAGACCUCGGCCCAAGCCUUCACCCUCACCCAACGCAGGUGUAGGAGGAGCGCCCACAACAGGAGGUUCCUCUCAGAAUCCACUGGGCACUGCUGGAGGUACAGAACCACCAGCGGGAGUCCACAACCUUCCUGUCUCCACUCUUUUCAGCAUGGUAAAGCAAGCUAGCAAGCCCAGCGGCACAGGUAGUCCAUUUGGUGGCAACAGCCCAGCACAACCAGACACUGCUGAACAGGACAAUGGUUCCUUAAAGGAUGUUUUCAAAGGUUUCGACCCUACUGCCUCCCCAUUCUGUCAGUGAACCUCAAUUUGAGGCUCUGACACUAAGCCAGCAUAGGGCACCGUAAUACCACAUUCUCAGUAUUCACAGGAAUAUAGGCUGGGGAUAUGGUUGGGAGGGAAUACAUCAAGGAUUUAUGGUAAAGGACAUUUUAAAAAAAAAUCUAUAUAAAUGUCUAUUUUAAAACCAAAUGGAAUAAAUAUUUAAAAUGCAUUCAUUUUAAAACCUUCUCAGAGUGUAAGAGUAACUUUUGGGUUUUGAACAGACAUUUUCUUUAGUAGUACUCUGUGCUAUAAAGGUAUUUAGGAUGACCCAUACGACCAUACACUAUUGUGAACUGCCUGUCCCUUCUGCCAGCCCCUUCUCAUCAAGCAGGGUAGAUUUCCAGAUCUUACCUUUGAGAACAAAGGUGUGACAUGUCAGUAGAUCAAGCACUAUAUAAAAUCCCCUUUACUUCAUGACCAGUGUGUGUGACUGCACUGUCACACCAAAGCUUUAACAGCAGCCGGUCACUUGUCAGUGCUUAAAAUUCUUUUAAAACUCUUUUAGCGCUCUCCUUGUCCACACUCAGUUUUGUUCAGUUUUGUCUUAUCAGUUUUUUUUUUUUAUAUUUGUUUAUGGACACCUUACUUCUGCUUGGGACUAUGAAUCUCUCUUUCUGAGUAACAAGACUGUAAACUGAAACCAACAUUUGUUAAUAGUGUUUGUGAAAUUGUUUUAAUUUAUUUUUUAUACUAUGAGAAAUUGUUUUUCAUGUGACAGUAGAAUAUAAUCAUUAUAUAUACACUGCAUAUAGUACAUUUACACACACACAUAUAUGUAUAUAUGUAUGUGUUUAUAUAUACAUUUUCCCACCUGUAUUGUAAAUGGACUUGUGAUGUGCAACAGCUAGUGCACACAAACAAUUAAGUAAUGCUUUUUUCUCUCAGAAAAAAGAACCCUGUUCUUUCAAUCUUACCUUGAAACACAAUUUUUUUACAAGGACUGUUUAAAAGAAUCAACCUUUCUGUGUUUUGUUUGGGCUUUCCCUUGCAAAGGUCUUUGUAUAGUGAUAAAUGUCCAUAUUUGACAACAGGUAACAUUUUGUAUCAUUCAGUGUAGGUAAGGUGUGAAAUAUUUAAUAAAGGAAAUACAAGCUACAACAUGAUAAA